AUAUGACUACCGGACAUACCGUAUCCCGAUGAAAUAUUUUCUACGUAUAUAAAAAUCCUUCUUCGAGCCGAACGAUUAAAACAUGAUUCGCCUUCUUCUCCUGUUUCACUGGGUAGAGAUCCCCAAUCCAAGUAGCUCCAGGCUAUUUGUUGCAUUCCAGCUACCGGAAGCUCAGUCAAAUCUGAUCUGAACCCUAAUUUCACUUGAUUUAGAGACAAUGGACAGCUUUUCUUGGACAUAUGGAUCUAGGGUUUUACAAAGCAGAGGAUUGCGCCACUCUAGUAGACACGCCUCGCACUCAAAACCGAGGAAAAGGUUCGAUACAUCAGAGAAACUGAGGCACGCAGCACAUACACAAACGAGUUUGAUGCCGCUUCUCUGCAGCUAUCAUCAAUUUUCUGAUUCCCGCAGCAUUAGGUCCUUCAUCGCUCAUUCAUAUUCAAGGGAUACCGUGAUCUCUGAGACUUCAAAUGUGGAAGCCACGCCAAGCCCUAAUCCAGGUUUGGUUUAUGAAUCAUUCGGAACUAGAGUUUUUCCUGAUGAAUACUCGUGGAGUACAUUUGAGAUCGCUGAAGCUGUUAAUGGAGAGAUUGUUAGAUGGGGUCCCUCUGGGAGUAUUUCAAUCGAUACCAGGAGGUUGUUGCCGGGUCAAUGGUUUUUCGCCAUUUCUGGACAGAAUUACGAUGGCCAUGAUUUUGUAAAUGAGACAUUGGCUACUGAAAAGGGUUGUGUUGGAGUUAUUGGAAAUAGGGUAUGCAGAGGUUGGGCAAAUGGUUUCGUUAAGAUUAAUGGUGAUACCGAUGCAGCUCUUGAGAAAAUGGCGAAGUUUGCCAGGAAUAGGUUUGGAGGCAUAGUGGUGGGUUUGACAGGAAGUGUUGGGAAGACGACGACGAGAACCAUGAUCACGCUUGCGCUUGGGAGCCUCGGUCGCAUCUACCAGACCAGUGGGAACUUGAAUGCCAUGAUAGGAGUUGCCUUGACACUAAUUGGUAUUCCAUUGGAUGCAAAAGCUGCAGUUGUUGAGCUUGGGAUGAGUAGGAUGGGAGAGAUUUUGAGAGAGGCAAGAAUUUGUUGUCCGUCGGUGAGAGUGAUUUUGAAUGUUGGUCCAUGUCAUUUGGAGUAUCUGCAUAGUUUGGAGAAUGUUGCAAAGGCAAAAGGGGAGAUUUUGGAGGAAGUAAAGGCAGGGGACGUAUGUGUGCUGAAUGGUGAUGAUCCUUUAGUUAUGAGUAUUCCUGUUCCAUGUGGGGUGAGGAAGGUACUUUUUGGACGAGGAAUUGGAUGCGAUGUUAGGUUGGUGUCUGCUGAGAACAUUAAUGGCGGCCGUGCCGUUCGUGUCGUAAUCGAAAGCAGAAUUCCUGCAUCCAUCAACCGAUUUAAAUCUGCAGGCAAGAGGACAUCAGAAAUGGUAGAAUUCAUGAUCCAUGGUCCUGGUCUUCACCAAGCCAUGAAUGCCUGCGCCGCCACAGCCGUCGCCGUCGCAUUAGGCGUACCUCUCCCGCAAAUCGCCGAAUCCCUCUCGAGGUUCCGUCCACCACCCAUGCGCUCCCAAAUCGUCACCACGAGGAGCGGCAUCAUCGUCAUCAACGAUGCCUACAAUGCCAGCCCUCCGAGCAUGGCCGCCGCCAUCGAAUCUCUCAAGAGCUUCGACUGUGCCGGCAAACGAGUCUGCGUGCUCGGCGACAUGUUGGAGCUGGGCGCGAGUGAAGCUGCUGCGCAUGAACUGGUGCUCCGGCUCUGCUGCGAUGAUGCCAUUGGGAUUGUUGUGCUUGUUGGAGAGAGAUUCAUGGCUGCCGGGAGAAAAUUGGAAGUGUUGGAGAGGAGUGGUGUCGUUUGGAGUUCGGAUGCGGAAUCUGUUGUGGGUAGGGUUGGAGGGUUGUUGGGUUUGGGUGAUGUUGUUUUGGUGAAGGGGAGUCGGGGGAUGGAGAUGGGGAAGGUGGUUUCUGCUAUUAGUGGUAUUGGGAGGGGGUCAGAUGUGUGAUUGGGAAAAAAAUUGCUUCGUUUAUAACCUCUCAAUAUCGUCCUUGUAACCUAUUUGUAGGUUACAGACGUACGCAGCUCUGCGUACGUCCUAUGUACGUAAAUUUUUUUCGUGUGAUUGGGGAUGAUUUUAGGAAAAUUUGGGAAGUUUAGUGAUGUGAUGUUUUUACGA